AUGCAUCAUAUCAUUUAUUUGGCACUCUCUUGCUGGCUCGCAAGACCGGUGAAGGGGCAGUGUUAUAGUUAUGCGGGAGUCGAGAUGGAUCCCACAUAUAAGGCAUGCAAUGGUUCGGCACCCGUUAGCAUGUGCUGCCAUCUAGGGGCCAGCAGCAAUGGGGGAGACGAAUGUGGUUCGGGAUCUACCUAUGGUCUUUGUGGUAUAAGUGGUUCGCAACUUUGGAGAGAAUCGUGUACGGAUAAGACAUGGCAGUCUCCAGGCUGCUUACAGUUAUGUGUUGGAGUGAACGACACCAAGAUUACUGCAUGUCCAGAUGGCAGUUAUUGCUGCGGAAAGAAUGCAAUAGAUUGUUGCAACGCAAAGGAAGGAAAAUUCAUCGUCAACAAUAGAGUUUCGGAUACAGCAGUAGUGGAUUCUUCGAGCUCCCAAACUUCCCAAACUGCAUCUGCGUCUUCGGUCCCAAUCAGCAUACCGGCAUCUGAGUUUGGAUCAACCAGUACAUCUGCGGUAUCGUUAUCCACUGUAGUCCAAACGAGCACGGUUCAACCAUCAGUCAUAAUUACAACAGUAUUCCAACCACUACCAACAGCAAUGUCCACAAACUCAUCCACAAACGCACCAAAACCUUUAUCUAUAGGCGCAAAAGUGGGGAUAGCAGUAGGCACUGGCGCUGGCAUUGUGGGAUUACUCGCACUCACAGCCUUUUUCUGGAAACGAAAACAGACAAAUGGCAAAUCGCAUGAACUUUCAGCUACAGAAGUCGAACAAUCCCCAGCAGAUUUUGUCAGCAGACCAAAAUAUGUAUACAGAGCGGAAGUGGAUGGUGCAAUACCAAAGCCGGUGGAAACUCAUGGGUAUGGAAGGCGGAGUGAGCCUGCUGAAAUGUUGUAA